CCUCUCACCACAGGCCUCAUCAUCGCCGCCUCCGUCAUCGUCGCCGCCGGCAUCGCCAUCUACGAGUCCCCGCAGGUCCGCCAGUGGGUCGACCAGUCGCGCCGCAAGAUCGCUAUCGCGCUGCACUCUCUGGGCGACGAGAUCCAGCCCCGCCGCCCGUCGGAGUCGUCGGACGACUACGACAGUAGGAAGCGGAGGCGUGAGGAGCUGGUCAAAAGGAACCGAAAUGAGCUGAUAAGGAGGGCGCGCGAGGAGGGUGUGGCAGUGGAUUUGGACGAGCUUGCGCGGAUUGGGAGCGAGGAUAUCGAGAUGGCGGAGCGGCGGCAGCGGAGAAAGACGGCCGCGAGCCAGCGGAGCUUCGACCAGCUAGUCGGCAGUGAUGGCAUGCUCCGGAGAGACGACUCGACAGCUACGGGUGCGGAAGCGAUGGACAACGGGCUGAGGAAGCGGGGCGGGGCCUGCUUCGCUGCUGGCUCUGCUGCCGCGAACCCCUUCGCCGAUGAGAACGUCCUGUUCGACCGCGACGACGAGGAAGCCCCCUCGCCCAAGCCCUUCACGUACAUCGAGCCCGGAACCGCUUCCCGCGAGACCUCCGCCACCCUAGAGGCCGACGGACCCGCCUCCCCUCCCACAGCAUCAAUUCCGCAAUCCGAAGCUGACGAGACGGACCACGCCGCGCAAUCCUUCUACUCCUUCACGUCCUCUUCCCACGCAGCACAAGCCGCCCCCGCGAACAACUCCGAAGAAGAAGCAGAGCACAUUUCGACCGGCACACUAACUCCGCGCUCCGAACACUCCGCCUUCACCGGCGCCUCCGUAGUAGGCAGCCACGCCGACGACAUCGCCGUGCUGAGCAUGCAGAACGACACAGACCACGACGCGCGCUCCGAGGGCUUCUCCGAGGGCGGCUUCACAGAAGCUGGCUUCUCGGAGGCUGGAUUCAGUGAGCUGGGGCAGGGCGAUAACAGAGGAAUCAUGACGCCGUCCAGCUGGACCGAUAUCGGCAGCGACGACGAGAGCGAGUUUGGUGGGCCGGCACAAGGUGGGCAGGUCAGUCAGGUGCAUCAGCAUCCGUGA